AUGGCGCCAAACGGUACCUCCAAUGGGACUUCCCACCACAACCAGGGAACUUUCCUCUUCACCUCCGAAUCAGUUGGUGAAGGUCACCCAGAUAAGAUCGCUGAUCAGGUCUCUGAUGCCAUUCUCGAUGCGUGCUUACGGGAGGAUCCUCUCUCCAAGGUCGCUUGUGAGACUGCCACCAAGACCGGUAUGAUUAUGGUCUUUGGUGAGAUCACCACAAAGGCCCGUCUCGACUACCAGAAAGUUAUCCGUGGAGCGAUCAAGGACAUCGGUUACGAUGACUCCGCAAAGGGAUUCGACUACAAGACUUGCAAUGUUUUGGUCGCCAUUGAGGAACAAUCCCCAGAUAUCGCUCAAGGUCUUCACUACGAGCAAGCCCUCGAGCAACUCGGAGCUGGUGACCAGGGUAUCAUGUUCGGAUAUGCCACCGAUGAGACCCCAGAACUGUUCCCUUUGACUCUUCAAUUGGCCCACAAGCUUAACGCUGCGAUGUCUGCUGCUCGCCGAGAUGGAUCCCUCCCUUGGUUGAGACCUGAUACCAAGACUCAAGUUACCGUCGAGUACAAGCACGAUAACGGCGCAGUUGUCCCAGUCAGAGUAGACACCGUUGUUGUCAGCGCCCAGCACAGCGAGGACAUCACCACCGAGCAAUUGCGAAAGGAGAUCAAGGAGAAGAUUAUCGAGAAGGUCAUCCCUGCCAAGUACUUGAAUGACAAGACCAUCUACCACAUCCAACCAUCCGGAUUGUUCAUCAUUGGUGGUCCUCAGGGUGAUGCUGGUCUCACCGGCCGUAAGAUCAUCGUCGACACAUACGGUGGAUGGGGAGCUCACGGUGGUGGUGCUUUCUCCGGAAAAGAUUUCUCCAAGGUCGAUCGUUCCGCUGCCUACCUCGCUCGCUGGAUCGCAAAGUCUUUGGUCCACGCCAAGCUUGCACGACGUGCACUUGUCCAACUCUCAUACGCCAUUGGUGUCGCAGAGCCACUUUCCCUUUUCGUCGAGACCUACGGUACAUCCACAAGAAGUUCCGAUGAGUUGGUCGACAUCAUCAAGAAGAACUUUGACAUGAGACCUGGAGUCAUCGUCAAGGAGCUUGAUCUUGCCAGACCAAUUUACUUCAAGACAGCCAAGAACGGUCACUUCACUAGCCAGGAAUUCACCUGGGAGAAGCCAAAGACCCUUGAAUUUUAA